GUCUUGCUCAGCAGAUGGUAGAUCACUUCACAACAGCCUCUCGAAGACAACUGAUCAUCUCCAGCCAAGUUGAGACCAAGUUUUAAGCACGAGUAUAAAUUCUCUGUGAACCUUCAUACUAGUCAUUCCUGGACUGCUUCCAGCUGAUGUUCGUGGACAAUCUACGCUAAUCAGUUCCGAUUCACCACUUCGAGGUGGCCAAAUGGGGGUCAAAGUAAACUGUUCUGCUCGGGAGCAAGGGAUGAUGCCAUCCGGGACGCACUGCCUCUCUGUCACCAUUGACAUGACGAAGUCCAAAGCCGCGAUGGUGUGCAUCAUACUCUUGGCGUUUCUGGCUCUUUCAGUUGUUUGUAAAGUCUCCGCACACCAAUUAGACGAUGCCUCUGAUGGAGCUGUGCUGGAGGAGGUGGCGGAGGUAGCCCCAGCUGCGACGCGCAAUCGAGUCCAUGUCAUUCGAUUCAGUUCGGGAAGCCGUUUCGCAAGGGCGAUCCAAACGGAAAACGGUGAGGAGAAAAUUAGCAAGGCGAGCGUCAGAAAGGUCUUACCUGGAGGCAUCCUUGCGCGGCGCCUGCGAGCCCUCUCGGAUGCAGAUUGUAACGCUGUCGCAGUGGCAACCAGCUUCAGAUGGGCUGUUCACCACCCAAUGGGGUCAUCCGACGGCUCUGCAAUGCGUCAGAAAAAAUCACGGCUCAUAUUACGACCCAUCAAACUCUUCAUUCUCUGCAAAAAGGUCAAGAACGCGAGAAUCGGUGACGUUGCAGCGUUGUCUCCCAAGCGAGCAGCUCCAGCAAACCAGCACAUCAUUCCCAUUGAGAACAAACAUAGGCGGUCAUUGAAGGAAUUCAAGUCCAACUUCUUCCUCAAGCGAGCAGCUCCAGCAACCCCAGCUUCAACCUCUGCGAACUCUCAGUUUUCCUUUCCACCCUUUCCAACAUCAUUCCCUCCUUUCCCACCUCUCUCAACUGCAGGUUUCCCUCCUCUGCCAUUCACUCUUCCUGCUCCGCCUCUUUUUCCAACACAGCCUUCGACUGCCACAUUACCUCCAGUUCUGUCAAGGCCAUCCGACCUGCCGACACCCUUGUUAACACCUUUGCCACCAAUCCCUUUUACCAACUUUAUCCCCCCCUUACCAUUCCAAAUCCCACCGGUGUCGCGAGUGCCAUCUUCCAGCUCGGUAAAAACUCUGCCACGGACCCCAUGAACAUCGCAGCAGACCAAUGAAGAUGACUAGUAUAGAUUGCUGAGCUUUCAGAGUAUUUCUCUUGUGUUAAUACAAUUUGAUUCACAUGUUUUAAGAUUUCCAUCCCGUUCAACAUGCUCCUGAUCAAGGGACUGGAAGUGCUGCAUUUCCAGUACCCACUUGUUUUAA